GUAUUUUUGACUAGUUGUAGUGAUUUAAUGAAAUAUGAGCAGUUUAUAUAAUUUUUUAUUUAUUUAUUUUACUUACACACACACAUACACAUACUACUACAUACACCGUAGAUACACAUAGAAACUGACCUAUUGAUCUAGAAGACAGGAACGGCACACUAGUGAAUUAAUUCACUUGGUUUAUUGUUAAGUUAGUCAACCUUCACGUUUAUUUGUUCUGUUUUUAUGAUUGUGUGUCAUUUGUUUGCAUAAUCACCUGUUUGAAUAUAUCCAUAUAUAUGUAUGACCUUCACAGUUUUUCUCUAUGUCAGUUUCAUACCAAAAAAGAGAUUACAUUGCUUUGCCUUAUGAUUGACUGUCUGUUGUUGUAUAAGUAAGCAUGAGCUUGUGUUUUAGUGUUUGUGUGCAUAUUUUUGUUGACAUUAAUGUAGUCUAGGGUGUUAGAUGUAUCAGGUUUCAUUAAAACAGCGGCUGGUAUCUAAUCGUCAUAUACCGAAUCCACAUUUAAUCAGAGUGUUUACGAAUAAAUGAAGCAAAUUAAAUUGUAUUGAAGUGUUUAUCAAAUUUCCAAAGUGCCAAAUGUUCAUUCAUUCAUUAUGUUUAUUAUGUAAAAUAAUAAUCAUUUCAAUAACAGUAAUAAUUCCUAAAUGUUUUUGUCUUAUGGGAAGUCCUCCAACAAAUUUACCGGAAUGUUUGAAUUCUGGAACAAGAACCACUAUUAAUGAACGUUACAGUUGUUCAUGUAUAGAUUCUUAUAUGAAUCGACAAUGUAAACUAUUGUCGAUUAAUGUUGCCAAUACUCCAAUAGAAAUGCCUUUCACUAGUUUUUAUAUUAAUACAACAAUUCAACAAACUGUACAUAUUGGUUUUCAAUUUAUCACUUCAGACAACAGUGGAAACGGUACACUGUUUACACUUAGAAAUAUGAAUUCCACAUUUUUUUUAAAUGAACAACUAAUCCAAAUCAAAGUUUCCCUUGAAUUUGGACGAAUUAGUGUACAUUUCAUUUAUCUAUCAAAUUCAAAAACUCUUCGUUUACCUUCAGGUGCUGUUGCACUAAAUGACAAUGCUUGGCAUUAUGUAGAUUUUUUUCUGAAUACACAGGUUAAUGGCGAAUGGAAUCUAGUCUUAUUGAUAGAUCGUUGUAAAUAUUCUGAGUUAGGACCGUGUAUGGUGAACGAUACAAUAAUUUUAUCAGUGAAUACAAUACAAAUAGGAGGUUAUAUUCUAAUAGGUGAUGAAUCUGGUCCAUCUACAGAGAGAUUUAGAGGAUGUUUUGAUAAUGUUAUGGUGAAUAGAGAGUUGAUCGAUUUCUACCCGGUACUUUUAUCGCAAGGUUCUCGGCGUGGUUGUCCAGACUCUCAGAAAGGUUGUGUAAGAGGUAAUGUAAAAUUAUGUGGAAAGUAUGGGAAAUGUCGAAAUGCAAUAAGUUCCACCGAUAUACUGACUUGUCAAUGUGAAUUAGGUUAUCGACCUAAUAUAACAGGUGCACCGAAACCACAUAGAUGGCCAUGUGAAACUGUUUCUGAUGGCUGGUCUACAACUAAUGUAGUUUACAAUGCGUUAUUCACUGAUAAAGUUCCGAAUCGUUUACGAUUGAGCAUAAGAACAAGAACUCAAACAUUUAUGGUUUUUGCAGUUGGUGCGUGGAAACUUUCUAUAAGUGUUUCAAAUGGAAUACCUGAACUACGUUUUGAUAAUAUCGUAAUUACGUUAAGUUCACUAAACAUUUCGGAUGGAAAUUGGCAUGUCUUUGAAGUUACAUUUACAUCAAGAUUUUUAGAUUUUCAGGUCGAUGAACUAGAUAAAAUAUAUUAUGAUUCAAGAUAUUUUCCAGAGAAAUCAAUUUCAAGAGGUUCAGUUGAUAUAAUUAUUGCAAACGGAGCUAAAGACACAUGUCUAGAUGAUGCUUGGAUCGAUUUCCGUAAUAUAUGGCCUGAUUUUGAACAAGAUUAUCCAUUGGAAAUCAUUAGUAACCCAUCAUUUCAACGGUAUACAGACUGGGGUACAGUUGGCAGACAGUCAGGUUGUUCAAGUGGUCCUGGGUUUUGUAAUAGUUCAAAAAGUCUUUGUGAUAUUACCGCUUCUUGUAUAGAGGAAUGGAGAAGUUAUCGAUGCGAAUGCUUGAAUAACACAGUUAAAGAUGACAAGGGUAAAUGUGUUCCAUCACAAUGUUAUCCAAACCCAUGUGUUAAUGGUGAGUGUCAUGUACUUAAUGGUGCUAGUAAUUUUACAUGUAUUUGUUAUGGAAUCUGGACUGGACCAUUAUGUAACCAAGUUUCAAGCGUAAAUAUAGCUGGUCUAAGUUGGUGGUGGAUUCUACUUGUUGUUCUACUACUGUUAGCGAUAUUGUUGGCAACAAUUUUUUUAAUUAUCUGUUGUCGCAAACGUCGUGAGAAGAAGAAAUCUAAUUUAAUUGAUUUUAACAAUGAACUGAGUGAUCAAAAGUUGGGUAUAGAUACUCAAAUGAAUGAUCCAUGGAGUACAGGUAAUAUAUUUAUAAGUUUUUGUUUUCAGAAUUUAUUUUUUGGUAACAUUAUUUUGUAGCGAACUCCUGUAAAUACGCUGAAAAAGUUUGUUUUUUGAUCAGUACAAUUUUUGGAAUAUUCUUUGUAUAAUGGUUACAGUUUAAAUAUUUUUUUGUCAAGCUUUUGAUGAUUAAUUUUCGAUAGUCAUAGAAGCUAUGAAACCCUGAAUAAAUGUGCAUCGGAACCGGAUAACACACUUUAUGUUGAUUUGUACAGUUAAAAAACCCAAUCGUAAUAUGAAACGAAUGAAAAUAAGUGAAUAUAGUUUUAACAUGACAAAUAAAACCAUGAGAUAGAAGUUUUAAAAUAUUUUAAGCAAAGAAGGAUGAUGGCUAACAGUGGAAUUUAAGACGCGUGUUUUAUCUUGCUUGGAACUCGCCAGUUGGAUGUACUUGGAUCCGAGUUGGUGUUCACUCUAGGACUUGAAUAGACUACCUUUCGCUUCAAACACCGCUGUGUUAUUCACAUAGCUACUAAGUCUUGAUAAUCACCUGACUAUAAAGUGAGAGCGAUCUCGAUAUCAAUUCAUACGUAAUGAUCGUGUGAAUCUUACCACUGAUGUUUAGGACUACAGUUGAUCAGUUUCAUACAUAUAUGCCGAAAAAGACUGAUCGAUUGUAGAUCUGAACAUCAAUGGGCGAUCCAACUAACCAAUAUUUGAGAACUGAAGUUAUGUUCUGAAAUAGUUUAAAGUAAAAACUUAAAGACGGUGAAUGAAAACAGUCAAGAUAUAUGCAACCAGUUUUUUAAACAUAUUACAUUCCAGUCAUUUGCAUUUAGACAGUGAUUAUCAGAUCUAUUAAUAAUGACAUGACUAUAGUGAAUUAAAUUAACCUAUCCGUUUUUCAACUUGAUUUAUGUCCGACUGACGUCGAAUGUUGUUCAAUAAUCACUCUUAUUCAAACCUUUUCUCGUGACGGAGACAUUUACUUCCUGCAUUUGUAGAAGAUUAAUGUGAUUUCUUAGGCAGUUAACUUGUAAUCAAGAUGGUUAUGAAUAAAAAAAUCCGGUCAAACGGAGCUAUGAUUAACAACCAUUUGAAAUUUAUCAAGUUGGCAUCAAUGUUAGAUAACGGAAACGGAGUUUAAAUAUUUGCUGUUACCAUCAGUUAAAUGUUCGAUUAUAAAUAACAACACUUUCUUAUUUAAAUAAAGUAACUAUUAUAACAUGAAUUCGUUGAAAACGUUUCUUAAAAGGUAUUGAGUAGCACCUAUUUAAUCUUUAGUCAAAUGAGUUCCAAUAAAAAUUCUACAAAUUUUUCUUUUAUAUUUAUUGUUUCAUUGUACUUUCAUUGUUUAUAAUUCUAAAUGCAUUUAAGGUGAGAAAGAUUUCCAUGGACCGAUUGAUUAUUCGGUGUUAAAAGGAAAUAUUAAUUCUAACCCGUAUCAACUUACAACUAAUGGGUCCUAUCAGAGUAAUGGUUACUUACCAACAAGUAGAAAAUCAGACACAAAUGGAAGUAUAGAUAUACAAACAUUUCCUAGUGUUACUGCUCGAGCCUAUGGACAAAAAACUACAGAUAUACCACCAUGGGAGUCAUUUGAUCGUCAACCAAAUCCUGCAAUAAGAUUAGAUCAAGUAUUAGAAUAUGGAUAUGAAGGAUAUGAUGGUAGACCUCCACCAGAAUUCUGUCCAACUGAACCUGUUGUAUCAACAUCUUAUGAUGAUUAUAUUGGUGAUGAUGGAGAUCUUAAUAUAGAAAAUGUUCAACAAUCAAUAAAACAACCCAUAGCCAAUGGAAAACUGAAUACUUUAAACAAAUAAAACAGUUUAAAAUGUACAUUAUACUUUUGUAUUCGAACAAUAACUAAUAAUUCAAUAAUUUCAAUUCAUAUAUUCAAAUGAUAAAUUAUAACUAACUAAGUAACUAGCUGACUAACUAACAAUGACUGUUUAAAAGAAUCCUCAACGUCAGUGAAUCAUAACAACAACUCUAAUGAUAAUUCAUUAAUAAAAUUAUUGAUACUUUUAUAAUGUGUUACAUCGUUAUUAUUGAAAUGAAACUCCUUUUUUUGUACAAUUUAAUUUGAAUGUAAAAAAUUCCCGCCUAAAAUUUUCAUUUGUGAAUAAUUCUUUUCUAUGUAUUUGUUUUUAUUCAUUUUUGUAUUGUCUUCAUUUGUAAUUCAUAAUUUUUUUUGUUUUUUUGAAACUGUUCAUUGUUUUAAUGAAGUAUAGAAAGAUUCAUUAGGAUGGAUUUAUUUAAAUCUUUUAUAGUGUAAUGUUUUUUAACGAUAUUUCAAUCUAUUGUAUACAUUACAGCUAUUCUUUCAUCAUUAGGAAUAAAGUAAAUUAUUCAUAC